AUGAGGAACGAUCAGACGCAUAAUGUCGUUCCGGACGUCGACGCGGAUCGGAGUGAUCCCACCAGCAUCUACAAAGACCUCGAAUUCAUUGACGACCCCGGCAGCCGCGGUCGGUUCUUCUACUGUUACGACCAGGAAUACAUGAAGGAGCUCUGCUGGGCCUGCGGCUGGACGACAGUCAACCAGGAGGGUACAUCGUAUGCACCGCGGCUCCGAGUGAUGCACGCGCGAGGCAACAUGGGCAUCUGGGCGAUCGGGGAUCGCUGGGUGCUCCGGGAUGAAACCAACGAUCGCUGGCUCGGGAACAACUACAUGACUCUGAAAUUCCUGCAGGAACAACCGGGCCUAACGAUCCCGAUCCCCCAGGGAGUCCGCAGCCUCAGUGAACCGAGCGAUUCAAUCUCUCUGACGCUGGAAUCGCGCGUACCCGGUGUCUCGCUAUUGAGCAUUUAUCGCACGCUCUCACCGGAGGAGAAGACCAGCUAUGUCCGACAGAUGGCCGACGCAUUGCGGCAAUUGCGCCAGUUCACGGCGCCACGGAUGCAGAAGGUCGACGGCAGCCAACUGGACGACUUCGUGAUCGCCGAAUGUAUGACCAGCCGCCCGGGCAAUUGUUUCCAGAUACCCUACCAGGCGGCCGACUGGCUGGACCACCUGGGCGUGGACCUUCGCAUGGGACUGAGUAGCAUGCACGACACCGUGGACCCGGCCGAGAUCGAAGCCAAGUUCCAACAGCUCAAGGACAACUUCAUCGAGUGCGAGCCCUACGUGCUGUCCCACGGUGACCUGAAUCUGACAAACAUCAUCGUCAAGGAUGGCAAGAUUCAGGGCAUCAUCGACUGGGAACGUGCCGGCUAUUAUCCCUGGUGGUACGAGCGGUCCAUUAAGUAUGUACACGGCGAGUCUGUUGAUUUUUUCCAGGCCGUUUGGCCGUUGGUCGAGCCCGAAGUCGAGCAGGAGAAAUUCGAAGAGCUACUCAAGCAGCGUUUCUUUCCCGCCCAGUAUGCCUGGGGUCACCUUUUUCAUGAACACCUGGGCGAAGGCACCACUUGGCUCAAGCCGCGCUGGUGCGAGUGUCACCCGUACACAGGCCAGUUCAAGGGCAAGUAUUGGGGGAAACCUCUUUCUUGUCAGAUCUCCCAGCUCACCCCCGCCGAGCAGGCUCUGCUCGCCCGCUAUGACAGAAAAGAUCCGUGGCCUCGGACUCAGCUUCCCGACCACGGCCACGAUGAGCCCGAUUCGUUGUUGCCCAGUGCCGGGCAUGAAUCAUAA